AUGGCCAGUGGUGAGUCUCAGACAAUCAUUGAAUCCAACACAAACACUACACCUACUCUGGCGACCAAUGACAAUGUUCAGACCACCAAGGGCCAGUCUCAAGCCAUUACCCAGUCUUUGGAUAUAGGAAAUCUACUACAUGAUGCAUUACUAGCUGCCCUACAGCCAAAUCCUAUGUAUGUAGGUGCGAAAUCACCACCAAAGGACCCAGCAUCUACAGAAAUUGCCAGUGGUCAUGAUCAGACAGAGCAGGGUCAGGGUCAGUCUCAGGCUAGACCUGAAGCCUCAGAUAUGAUAAAUCCCAUGUGUGAUGCAUUACUAGCUGCCCUACAGGCAAAUCCUAUGUAUGUAGGUGUGAACACCCUAUCCAAGGACCCAGCAUCUACAGAAAUAGCCAGUGGUUAUGAUCAGAUAGGGCAGGGUCAGUCUCAGACCAACACUGUUCAAUCUUUGGAUAUUAGAAACCUACUACGUGAUGCCUUGUUUUCUCUCCUACAGUCAAAUCCUAUGUAUGUAGAUGUAAAAACGUUACCAAAGGACCCGGCAUCUGCAGAUUUAGCCAGUGGUCAUGAUCAGACAGGACAGGGUCAGUCUCAAGACCUCACUCAAUCUUUUAAUAUAGGAAAUCUACCACGUGAUGCAUUGUUAGCAGCCUUACAGCCAAAUCUUAUGUAUGAAAGUGCGAAAACAUCACCUAAAGACCAAACAUCUACGGAAAUAGCUAGUGGUCAUGAUCAGACAGGGCAGGGUCAGUAUCAGUCUCUAAUCAAACCCGACAGUAACACCACUGGUGCUGAAAUGGCCAAUGGUUCUGAAACAGGACAGGGCCUAGUCCCAGGCCAUCAGUGA